UUCUUCUUCUUCUCCCUCAUCUCCGAGUUUUGUAAGCAAAAUGGCUAUGAAGCAGACAUUAGCUUUUGCUGCAGUUGUGGUGGCGAGUUUGGUAGUGUCAGCUCAAGGCACUGAUUUUGCGUUCUAUAAACUGAGUCUGAGAUGGCCCACUUCUCUUUGUAUCGCUAAACCAGCGAGUUGUCUCAAACCAAUACCCAAAAUCUUCACCAUCCAUGGCUUAUGGCCAUCAUUCGCAAAUGGCAGUAAUGUUCCUCCUUAUAAUGCAAUAACUAAUAAAUGCAAUGUCAAUCCUGUACCUCAAACUGCUAUUGUGGCUGCACUGUCACCCAUUAGAACGAGACUGUUGGCAAAAUGGCAAAACAUUUAUAAUGAGACCGGUUUCACUAACGAGGGGGUGUGGGAAAUUGAAUGGUUACACCAUGGAAUGUGCUCAGAUUAUCCUCAAGAUCCUUUGACUUAUUUUACCAGUGGCUUAGAUCUUGCCGAGAACAGCAAAUACGACCCACUCACAGUUUUGGGAGUUCCUGCAUCAGACACUACUCCACAUGUCAUACAAGAUUUAUUAGACAAUGUUCAUAGGAGCUUGGGGUUCUAUCCUCAAAUCUCAUGCAAUAGGCCUAUUAAAGGCAAAAAGCAACUGUACCUGAAGGAGAUCUUUUUCUGCUUUAAAAGAGCCAUGCCACCUAUUGAGCUUCAAAAUUGCCCCGUCCCUAUGGAUCACACGUGCAACUCGUUGCAACCUCCCCAACCCAGCACUGUUAUAUUUCCUCAACCGAUUACUACCAAUUCUUUGUCGAAGGAAACGCCGCCUCUCGGUCGCGAUAUCGAGGUUCCUCCGGCGACUUCUUGGCCUAGUGUAACUUGCGGGUUAUUGGUUAUAGGCUUCUUGGUAUUAUAUAUUCUCAAGCGUCGUAAUCGUUUGCAUGAACACGUUGAAUGAAAGACUGUGUAAGCGUUCCCCUUACUAAUUAAUCCUCUCAUUGUUUGGACUUGUGCCUAGUGCGAGAGUUAAAAA